UGGUGAGGAUGAAGGAGGAGACGCCGGGACUAGAAAGCAGAACAGAGCAGAGCCGAGCAGGGGCUGGCCCUUGACGGAGGAGGGACAUCAUGAUGAUGACAGACUCUUUGUAGACGCGUGUAGAGGAGACAUAACGAGAGAAAGCACGCUGCUCUGACUACACACAGACUCUCCUCGUGGCUGCUGAGCCCGGCCGGCAUCAGACCUCCAACACAAACACACAGAGAGGAAGAAGAAGAAGAAGAAGAGGAAGAAGAAGAGGAGGAAGGAAGAAAAGACGAUGUCAGGGUUGAAGAAGAGAAGCUCUAACUCUUCGGCAGACAGAGAUGAGGACAAGCAGGUCACGGAGAAGAUGCUCUCCGGUAACCAGGGUGGCGCAGCACCGGACCCUAGCAACGCGGAGACAGCAUCAGGAGGAGAGGAGAAAGAAGGGGUAACUCUCAAGAGGACCAUCACCCUGCUGAACGGCGUGGCCAUCAUCGUGGGCACCAUCAUCGGCUCGGGCAUCUUCGUCACCCCUACCGGCGUGGUGAAGGAGGCCGGCUCGGUGGGUCUGUCCCUGGUGGUGUGGUCUGUGUGCGGCGUGUUCUCCACGGUGGGAGCGCUCUGCUACGCGGAGCUGGGCACCACCAUCACGAAGUCCGGAGGGGACUACGCCUACAUCCUGGAGGUGUACGGCUCUCUGCCGGCCUUCCUCAAGCUGUGGAUCGAGCUGCUCAUCAUCCGGCCGUCAUCGCAGUACAUCGUCGCCUACGUGUUCGCCACUUACCUCCUCAAGCCGCUGUUUCCUGACUGCCCGGUGCCGGAGAACGGGGCCAAGCUGGUGGCCUGCCUCUGCAUCCUCUUGUUGACCUUUGUGAACUGCUACAGUGUGAAGGCGGCCACCAGAGUGCAGGACUUCUUUGCCGUGGCCAAGCUCCUGGCUCUGGGGAUCAUCAUCAUCAUCGGCUUCGUCAAGAUUGGCCAAGGUGGCAUAGACCGUCUUCUUCCAGAAAAUUCCUUCGAGGGGUCUAAAUAUGAGUUUGGCAGCAUCGGCCUGGCCCUCUACAGCGGCCUGUUUGCUUAUGGUGGCUGGAACUACUUGAAUUUUGUCACUGAGGAGAUGAUUGAGCCUUACAAAAACCUUCCCCGCGCCAUCAUCAUCUCUCUGCCCAUAGUGACGGUAGUGUACGUUCUGACCAACCUGGCCUAUUUCACCACCCUCUCCCCUGAGCAGAUGCUGGGCUCAGAGGCCGUGGCUGUGGAUUUUGGUAACGAACACCUGGGUGUGAUGGCGUGGAUCAUCCCGGUGUUUGUAGGUCUGUCCUGCUUUGGAUCUGUCAACGGCUCUCUGUUCACAUCAUCCAGGUUAUUCUUCGUGGGUUCCCGGGAAGGUCACCUGCCCCAUCUGCUGUCCAUGAUCCACCCCACCCUGCUGACCCCGCUGCCCUCACUUAUAUUCACCUGCAUGAUGACGCUGCUCUACGCCUUCUCCAACGACAUCUUCUCCGUCAUAAACUUCUUCAGCUUCUUCAACUGGCUCUGCAUCGCCAUGGCGAUCGUCGGGAUGAUGUGGCUCCGUUAUAAGAAGCCGGAGCUGGAGCGGCCGAUCAAGGUGAAUAUUCUGCUGCCGGUGAGUUUCGUGCUCGCCUGCCUCUUCCUCAUCAUCGUCUCCUUCUGGAAGACUCCAAAGGAGUGUGCGAUCGGCUUCGGCAUCAUCGCUACCGGACUUCCUGUCUACUUCAUCGGCGUGUGGUGGAAGAGCAAACCCAAGUGGAUGUUGAAUGGAAUCUUUUCAACCACAGCCUUGUGUCAGAAGGUGAUGGAGGUGGUGCCUCAGGCGACCUAAAAGGCCUUUACUUACAUCCAGUGGCCAAUCGGGUUGCACCAACAGUGACCUCUGGGCUCUGACAUCACAGAUGAUGAAGCUUGACCUCUGUUGACCUCUUUCACACCAUUCUCUCACACACACACACGCACACGCCUUGCCUGCAGGGUGCUGAUAAGGACCUGAUGAAGACAGAACCAUGCAGGCCUCUGAAGCUACCGUGUCUUAGCGGUCUUCAACUAUUUUUUCUUAUGUUCUUAUGAGUAUGGACUAUUUUUGUCACUAACUAUCCUUUUGUAGGUUAUAAUGCGUUGUUUUGUUUUUUUUAACGAUGCAUUUCAAUGAAUUGUUUUAAUUUUAUCGUUGUUUUUUUUGUGAAUAUUUUCAUGUAAAAUAUUGCGUUGGUCACUAAAAUGCCCGCUCAGUGUCUGUCUGUUGAGUUUUAGCCCUUCUCCCAGUGUGUUUUUAAAGUCGUCUAUGCUGCUGUAGGAAGAGAGUGAAGUUGAUUGAAGGUCUUAGUGUGUUAGAGACGGUUUUUGUUUUCUCAUUUUUACAGUAAUACGACUCAUUUUUCUGGCUGACUAAAUCCCUCAGAGAAGAACUAUACAUAGAAGUUAAAAUGUCUUGUUCAGUCAUGUUGUUGCUCAAAGCUUACUUACAUUACAUAUUUAUGUUUAAAGCAUUGUAGACCAGCCAUGCUGGUAAACAGGAGCUUACUGUGUGCAGUCUACAGAUGUCACCUCACAGGAUUUCUGGGAAUUGGAGUUUAAUUAAUCAUCAUGUGGUCAGUUUGUGGCACCAGUAUGGGGGAUUGGAUUAUGACUGUCACUGAAAAGUGGGUCAUAUUCAAAGUAUGUGGUGUUUCCUUGCUGUUGAUUUAUUUUUUUGGGGUCAGCGAUCUCAUUUUCACUUCGGGGAUCGAUAUCUGUCAACGUACUGAGCCAUCAAAAUGUCAUCACACUGAGAGACAAUGUUUCAGACUAUAUACUGUAAUACAGCCAUGUAACUGUGGUCUAGAGCAGAGUGACGGAAAGAAACUUGAUGCUCUUUUUAGUGUUGUGUGUGUGUGUGUGUGUGUGUGUGUGUGUGUGUGUGGGUGGGUAUGUGAUUUAGUGUGUGUGUGGAGGAGGGGGGGGAGGGGGUCUACAUCGGAGGGCUCUGGUGUGUUCUUCUUGGACACAUGGACAGAUGAAGCGUAACCUUCUGUACUAACAGGCACUUAUGAUUUUUACAUUUAAACGUUUCACUGUUCAACACUUGGAUCCUCUAUUAUGUUCAGUCACAUUUGGUUAUGUGUGUGCGUGUGUUUGGGGGUCCGUAAUGUGGGUGGGGGUGAAAGGUCAAAGAGAUAAUAUAAGCAGACAGACAACCGUAUGCUUCAGCCUAUGGAGAGAGAUUUAUUUUUUCAAUUUUUUUACAGAAGGAUCACAUUUUCAGAUCACCGUAUGAACUGCUAGUUUUUAUUUUUCAUCCAUUCAUAUCUUUUGUUUUUACUUUUACACGCACAGCGACAGUUACUAAAAAAAAAAAGUUAGUGCUGUAUUAUUAACGUCGACCCUCCUCCUGGCAACGGACCAAAAGUACAUGUUACCGUGGCAGCGCUGUUCCCGUAGAGAUGCCGCCGGUGGAUGCAGGAGGGGUUAAUGUGUAUGAUGUUUUAGAGGUAGAACCUUUCUAACACUCCAGCCAUCGCACAAAGCAGAUGGGAAACUAACAUGAAUAGGACUGUAGACAGUUUAUUUAUUUAUUUUUAGGAAACUUGUUGUCGUUUAUUGUCAUUAGUCCCUCUAAUUUGUUUACAGGGCAUUUUGUGUAAAGUGCUUUACAAAUAAAUCCUGAGUUUUUUUUCCAC